UCACUCCCUGCAGUUGUUAAGCCAGAGAGUAGAAGGGGGGAAGCAGAAAGGUGGCCAGGGGAGGUCCAACAGCACCAUCCCAGAUUACCCAGCACCUAUUUUAAAAGCGUUGAUUGACUGAUCCACAGUUUGCUUGCUGACUUUGACUUACUUGGAAGAAGAUCAAGAUAACCAAGUUGUCACCCUGCAUGAAAUGUGCUAAACCUUUCUGGUCUUCACAGAAACCUACAGGAGCUAUAUAAGAACAGCAACUCGAGGAAAACAGUGACUUUCAAUGGUGGCCUUCCUAUGUAAAGAUGGACUGCAUAUAUUUGAGACCAGCAGUGUUCUUCACAGGCUCUUGAUGCGCAUCAGAAGAAAACGUCCAGCCAAAACACAACCUAAAGAAAAGAAGAUAAAGAACUCCCAUUGCAUGCACCGCUGAUAUGAUGCUGUGCUACACUUUUGGGUAUCAUUUGCUGUCUUUGGCAGCAAUUGCAGUGAUUGUGAGCUGCGGAGGAGGCGAGCAGAGGAGGGGGGUUGACAGUAGUACCAGCAGUGCAGGUGGCGGCAGCAUCAACACCGGAGGAAGUGGCAGCAGAAGAUUCCAUAAGAUCCAGCAUGGCCAGUGCACCUACACCUUCAUCCUACCUGAAGGAGGGGUCGGGGAGGGUUCCUGCAGGGAGGCGAAAGGCAGUAGCCCGCAGUAUAAUGCCAAUUCCCUCCAGAGAGACGCACCCCUACCUGAACCGGACUUUCCAAAACAGAAGAUCCAGCAGCUUGAACACAUUAUGGAGAAUUACACCCAGUGGCUACAGAAGAUCGAGAAUUACGUCAAAGAAAGAAUGAAAACUGAGAUGGCUCAGCUGCAACAGAGCGCUGUACACAACCACACGGCGGCCAUGUUAGAAAUGGGAACCAACCUUCUCUCUAAAACUGCAGAACAAACACGAAAGCUGACGGAUGUUGAGACGCAGGUUCUGAAUCAAACAUCGAGGCUCGAGAUCCAGCUGCUGGAAAAUUCUCUUUCCACUAACAAACUGGAGAAGCAGUUAAUGGUCCAGACCACUGAGAUCAACAAGCUCCAUGACAAGAACAGCCUCAUGGAGCAGAAGAUGUUAGAGAUGGAGAUGAGACACCAAGAAGAACUGGAGACUCUAAAGCAGGAGAAAGGAAGCCUCCAAGUCCUUGUUGGGAGGCAGAGUGGGGUUAUCAAAGAGCUGGAGGCCCAGCUCAGCCGGGCCACCGGAAACAGCACCGCCAUGCAGAGGCAGCAACAGGAGAUGAUGGACACCGUCCACAACCUACUCAACCUUUGCUCCAAAGAUGGAGUCCCAAAGGUCCUCGAUGAAGAAAAGAAGUUCCGUGAUUGUGCUGACCUCUACCAGGCUGGUUUUCAUAAGAACGGAGUCUAUAACAUCCAGAUCAACCUUCAAGAGAACAAAAAGGUAUAUUGCAACAUGGAAACAGCUGGCGGGGGAUGGACAAUCAUCCAGCGCAGAGAAGACGGCAGUGUGGAUUUCCAGAGAACGUGGAAGGAAUACAAAAUGGGUUUUGGAAGUCCAUCUGCAGAGCACUGGUUGGGGAAUGAAAAUGUUUACCAGUUGACCAGCCAAAGGCAGUACAUCCUCCGCGUGGAACUAACGGACUGGGAUGGACACCAGGCCUUCUCACUUUAUGACCGCUUUCAAAUUGGCAGUGAGAAACAGAACUAUAGGCUGUUCCUGAAAAGCCACAGUGGGACGGCAGGCAGGCAGAGCAGUCUGGUGAUCCAUGGAGCGGACUUCAGCACCAAGGACAUGGACAAUGACAACUGCUUGUGCAAGUGUGCCCUCAUGUUCACGGGUGGUUGGUGGUUUGACGCUUGCGGCCCAUCCAACCUUAAUGGCAUGUACUUCGUGCAAGGACAACAUGUGGGGAAGGUAAACGGUAUCAAGUGGCACUACUUCAAGGGCCCCAGCUACUCACUACGAGCCACGGCCAUGAUGAUCCGCCCCCUAGAAUUCUCCUAGCCCUUAAACCUCCAAAUGGCUAUUUAGCACAUGAGUGGGAUGCUUCCAGUUUUAUCCCCAUCUCAUUUCACUGGCUAUGCUUCAUAACCUUUUCCUCCGCAAUGAACUGAGAAAUAACCACGGGGAAGAAAACAGAGGAAGGCAUGAUUUAUGCUCCUGAUCCGAUCAACGCACUUGUAAUUAUUUAAGGACAACAUAGGUCAAAUGUUCUUUAUCCCACACUGGGAAUGCGUGCGCAUUUUUAAAACCACACAUCAAGAAAACUGAAUAGGAUGGAGCAAAGGUUAACAGAGCAGCGAGGACUCACGAACUGCGGGACAGAACUGAUCUUUUAUGCUCUGAGGGAAACAACUGACAUAUUUGUCUUUUUUUGUAUUACAUUGUUGCUCACAGAAGAGUGCCUUAAGUGUUAUAUUUAGGAUGUUUUUAAGUAUUCAUCUCGUACGACAACUGUAUACAAAUAUCCACCAUCACAUGAAUGUUUUUAUUACAGUACGGUGUAUUCUGAAUCGGCAGUAUAUGUGCAUUAUGAAUGAGAAACGCACUCCAUUUAAAUUUAUUAAUUAUGAUUUUUAAUGGUGACACAUUGCCGAUUGUUUUGGGACUUGAUAGGUUAUGGAAUUAAAUUGUGGAGUGGAGCCACUUGAAAAAUGAGUCCUGUCCAUAGAUGGACUCUAUGGCGUAUUAUGUCUAUGGUAAAAAAAAAUAAAUAAAUAAAAAGAAGGGGGCUGGGGGGAGUAAAAAAGUGAAUGUAAAAUUUGCCCACAAGAAACGAAAUCAAGACCACCCACUGUCUGACUAUUUCAGAAGACCAUAGCUAUAUUUGCAUUAGGUAAUAUAAUUAUACAAUAAAAUACUUCUGGAUGGAUGACAGAAAUAUCUAACCAAAGAGAAAUGUUCUGUUUAAUCUGUUUAAUUUGAUAUGGAGUGACGUGUACAAUGAGACCUGCACUACUAUUCCACUGCCGAACUGAGACAAAAACCGUCAUUCACCAUUAUAAAGUUAUAAAGGCUUAUAUUAAGCUAGUUGCCUCGUUCGCAAAUCCAACAGGCCUGUGAUGGUCAAUAAAUCUGUCCUGUAUCAUCAUAAUGUAAAUUAUAAUUGAAAAAAAAGAAAAAGCGUAUUUUUGGAGACACGAGCAUGACACUUGAUCUAAAUUCAGACUUUCUGUUUUCCAUUUCUGCUGCUGAGGUUGGAUAUGAGGCAUGUAAAGUCAUUGUUCCAGCAAAUUAUUCACAUGAACGAGUAUUUCAUAAGAUUUACCUUACGACAACAGAAUGUGUUGGAGGAUUCGUGGAGGGCUCAUGAAGGAAAGGAGAGGAAUACAUUGUUGGUGUAUCUUGAACUUGUACCAUGGACUCGUUUGAAUAGCAUUUGGAUCAUUGAAUGUUUUGGUGUAUGAAUCAGCUUUCCCGAGGAAAGCUCUUUUAUUCUGUCGGAUUAAUAAAAUAAGGAUAACACUAGAAAAGUGUCUCACUGAUAACUCUGCUUUUACCUCAUUAAACUGUAGUUUUGCUGAUUUAUUUAAACGUCUUUUGUAUCAUGUGGUCAGUGUUGUGUUGCUACCAAAUAAAAUGUGAUG